GCACCCAAUCAAAGUGCAGUUUUUACCCGGUUGAAAACCCAUGUCUAUAUACAAUAGGAGAAAACAUGCACCAGUGAAUGCCAUUGAAAUAGUUUUUUAAAAAGCCUGUUUUUAUUCUCUAUAAACCGAUCAAGUGUGUAUUUGAAAAAAAUUCACCUGAAUGUCGGAGCAAUAAAAGGACUUAAGGGGACGCCAUUCUUUUUCUCUUUUUUAUAGAUUUUUCUUUUCUUUUAUAUAUACGAGCUGAAGAUGGGCUGUAAAGCUCAAUCUGUGAUUUUGGUGACCAUUUUGAUUCUCGGAUGUGUUUCUAACGUUCUCGCCAUUGACUGCUGGGUGUGUAAUUCUGACGAUGACCCCACAAACUGUGGGGAGAGUAUCAACGAAUUAGGGCUUCAAGACGCCAAGCGGACGGCGUCCAACUGCGCGGCGUGUGGCAAAUCCUUCAAAAGUCUGGGAACAGUGUUCACAUACGUGGAACGUUCGUGCCUGGCCGCCUCGUCUGACACCUGUGACAAUAAGAUAGGGUACGGAUCCUGCUCAUGCUCCACCACUUACUGCAACAGUCAGGCGCGGAUCUCGGUUUUCACACCCCUUCUCCUGCUAACAGCGCUCGUUGUCUGGGCUCAGCGCUCCUAAGCGAAAAAAAUGGCGACGUGGACCACAAAACAGUAUUACGUUUAAAAGAAAAAAAAAAUCUCAUGUCGAAAAAGUCAUUGUGAUGUGCGUUCAAAAGCAGAGACGGAUUUAAAAAAAAAUAUUUUGAAGGCGACUUUUUUAUUGUGUGAUGUUACUUCUAUAUUUAUGCAGUGAAGUUGCAGGAUACAAUGUAUAAUACGCUUUUGAAUGCUGAACAAGUGCUUGUUGUUGUUUUUAUUUGAUAUUUGUUUUAAUCUUAUUUUUCAAUGUAUAUAUACAUGUACAUACUUCUUCCGACCAUUAGCUCGACUGUACUGUGUCAUAUUAUACUUUCUACAGACCAGGAAAUCACAACGCAAUCAAUGUUCUAAACGACCCUUCCAUUUCUGUGCUAUAUCAUAAUGUGCUUUUUUGUGUAUCAUUUGUUUAUUGUAUAUCACGUGUAAAUAUCAUGUGUGUAUGUAUACUUACAUGUAUAUUAUGUUAAUUUCGUCGUUUAAGAUCUGUUUUGUAUGUUUUUGAACACUAAUAACCGGAAUAACUGUGAUAAUUUUUUUUUGUUGUGUUAACUGUUCCAAAUAUUAUAUGAAAAAUGACUUCUUAUUGUAUAAUAUUAUACAAAAGAGAUCGAACAAUCUGUUUAUUGAUCUAAAAUCAUCUGUUUAACAAGUGAUCUUUGAAUUAUCAAGAGGGUGAAAAAAAAAUUAAACGGUUAUAAACUGUA